ACGUUUCCAAUUUACAUUAGCAUAAUUAUUUAAACAAACCUCUUCACGUUUAAAUCUGAAUUAUAAAACGGAUUUUAUAAACACGCUUUUACUGUUUUCCAGGGGCUUCUGCCAGCGGUGGCUAUGAUGACGCUAUGAAUCCCGAAUGUAAUCCGAUUCUCCAACAAAUGAGAUUCUGAGUUUUUGGGGGACAACUGGGAACAAGAUGGCUGAUCUCAGCGAAGAAACUUUCUUUCCUUCGAGUCAACGUUAGCAACAUUUUAAUAUGCAUUUCUAAAAUUUAGGGGGAAAUUAAGCAAAUUGAGAAUUAACGCCGACAAGAGUUUAAGUUACUUAGUUAAUGAGUGUUAAUAGAUAGAAUAUUGAAUAUUGUAACGUGCUUCGUGAAGAGUCGACCUUUCUUUUUGUUUUUCUUUUUUUUCUGUUGAUGUUGAAAGAAAAAACAUUUAGUUAGCUGUAACUUUAUAAGGUGUCUGCUUUAAAUAAAUAGGAACCGGAUAAUUGCUGUAGUUAUGAUAACUUUCGGAAGCGAGUUGGAUAGUUUGCAGUUGUGUAGCUUGUCGUUUUGAAAAUAUUUUGAGUACGGAAAAAUCAUUGCUUACAAAAUAGUUCAUGUCUGAAAUGUCGAAAACCAGGGUUGAGUUAGUAUUUUAUAGCGCAAUACGUGUUCGUGGUUUGAGCGGCUAAAUACUUUCAUGUAGGUAGUUAACGUUAGUAAAUUAUUUGUCCCGUGGGCUGAAAUCGAUUUAAAAAAUACAGUAAUGAGCUCGAGUCGAGUUAGGUCACCACAGCUAAACCAGACAGGCAGGCUUCCCCCAAGCGCGACGGGAUCUUCUCUGGCGCACAGGAUGGAUCCGAGUGACGGCAUCGAGAUGGAGAGAAUCCAGCAUCAGGAUUUAGGUCUGGGGGCUUCGAUGAUCACUCCGUCUCCGCCUUCCUCGAGCUCCAGGCAGGCGUGGAGUCGUGACAAUCCGGGGUUCGAGCACGAGGAGGAUAUGCUCGGGCCGGACUGGCCUCCGGCGAGUCCGGGACGGAGGUCGGUGUCAACGGCGUCCAGCAGCAGCGGCAGUAGCAGUAGCGGUCUGGGCAGCUACGCCGGUGGCAGCGACAGGGCACGGAUUCACCGAGGGCUCUAUCCGGACCCAACGGCGGAGGCGCUCCCGCACCAGGAAAGGAAUGAUCACCGUGGAUGUGGGAAAAGAAUACUUGAGAAAAUAAGAGUUCUUUGGGGAACCCGUUUGAUGGACGAAAGCCCUAACAGCAGAGAGCGAUACCUGAAAACCAUUCUUCGCGAGAUGAUAACCUAUGUGGUUUUCCUGAUCACAGUAUGCAUUUUGACUUACGGAAUGGUGAGCUCCAACAUGUACUUCUACACCAAAGUUAUGUCUCAGCUCUUUUUGGACACACCCCUGUCCAGCAGCGAUAAGACCACCUUCAAAAGUCUGAAUACCAUGGAUGAGUUCUGGAAGUUCACAGAGGAGCCGCUUCUCAACGGGCUCCACUGGGAGGUGUGGUACAACAACAGGACGUUGGCGGAGAACCAGAGCCUGGUGUACUACGAGAACCUGCUCCUGGGGGUGGCACGAAUCCGGCAGGUGAAGGUGCGGAACCAGUCCUGCACCGUGCACCAGGACCUGCAGGGGGAGCUGCAGGACUGCUACGACGCCUUUUCCAGCGGCAGCGAGGACCGCGCCCCCUUCGGCCUCAAGAACGGAACUGCGUGGACAUACACGGAGCAGGCGCGUCUGAACGGGACCGGACACUGGGGCCGGAUCAGCAGCUACGGAGGCGGGGGGUAUUAUUUGGACCUGUCCCGCUCCAGGGAGGAGACGGCCGCACAGCUCCGCGCGCUGAAGGAGAACCUGUGGCUGGACCGGGGUUCCCGGGCGGUCUUCAUCGACUUCUCCGUCUACAACGCCAACAUCAACCUGUUCUGCGUAGUCAGACUGGUGGCGGAGUUCCCCGCCACGGGGGGCGUUGUGACCUCGGGGCAGUUUCAGACGGUGCGGCUGCUUCGGUACGUGAGCGGCUGGGACUACUUCAUCGCCACCUGCGAGAUCGCCUUCUGCCUCUUCGUCCUCUACUACGUGGUGGAGGAGGUCCUGGAGAUUCGCAUCCACCGUGUGCAUUACUUCAGAAACCUGUGGAACUGCCUGGAUGUUCUCAUCGUGGCGCUGAGCAGUGCAGCCAUCAUUACAAACAUUUACAGAACCUGGUCCGUUGGUCAGAAGCUGCAGAAUCUGCUUCACCACUACAGUUCGUACCCGGACUUCCAGCAUCUGGCCUACCUGCAAGUCCAGUACAACAACCUGGCUGCCGCCAUCGUCUUCUUCGCCUGGGUCAAGUUGUUCAAGUUCAUUAACUUCAACAAGACAAUGAGCCAGCUGUCCACCACCAUGUCUCGCUGCGCCAAGGACAUCACCGGCUUCACCAUCAUGUUCCUCAUCAUCUUCCUGGCCUACGCCCAGCUGGCCUACCUGGUGUUCGGCACGCAGAUCAGUGACCUCAGCACGUUCCAGGGCUGCAUUUUCACCCAGUUCCGCAUUAUCUUGGGUGAUUUUAAAUUCUCCGAACUUGAAGAAGCAAACAGGGUGUUGGGUCCACUGUACUACACCACAUUCGUGUUCUUCGUGUUCUUCAUAUUGCUGAACAUGUUUUUGGCCAUAAUAAAUGAGGCCUACUCAGAGGUCAAAGGUGACAUGGCCCAGCAGAAGUCUGAAAUGGAGCUCACAGAUCUCAUUAAGAAGGGCUAUAACCAGGCUAUGGUGAAGCUCAGGCUGAAGAGCACCACGGUGGACGAUAUCUCCGAGAGCCUUCGCCAGGCAGGAGGCAAGCUCAACUUCGAGGAGCUGCGGCAGGACCUGAAAGGGAAGGGGCACACCGAUGCAGAAAUUGAAGCCAUCUUCUCCAAGUAUGAUCACGAUGGAGACCAGGAGCUGACUGAGCAUGAGAACCAACAAAUGAGAGACGACCUGGAGAAGGAGAGAGAGGACCUGGAUCUGGAGCGCAGUUCCCUCCCGCGCGCGGCGAGCAGCCGGAGUUUCCCGCGCAGCCAGGACGACUCGGAGGAGGACGACGACGAGGACAGCGGCCACAGCUCGCACCGCCGCGGGAGCAGCUCGGGGGGCGUGUCCUACGAGGAGUUCCAAGUGUUGGUGCGGCGUGUGGACAGGAUGGAGCACUCCAUCGGCAGCAUCGUGUCCAAGAUGGACGCCGUGAUCGUGAAGCUGGAGGCCAUGGAGAGAGCCAGGCUGAAGAGGAGGGACGUGCUCGGCCGGCUGCUGGACGGCGUGAUGGAGGACGAGCGGACGGGCAGGGACAGCAGCCUGCACAGGGAGCAGACCGAGAGGCUGGUGAGGGAGGAGCUCGAGCGCUGGGAGUCUGACGACGCCGUGUCGCAGGUCAGCAGCAAGCCCCGCCCCCGGCCCUCCUCCUCCCAGUCCGCCGAGGGGGUGGAAACCGGGGGCAACGGGGGCGGGCACGCGUGAGGUCACAGGUCACCGCACCCGAGGCUCAAAUCCCACCCCCCCUCUCCACACACCCCACACAUCUGAGGAUCCUACACCAUUCUGAAGAUAUAUUUCAUCAAAUGAAGUUUAAUUCACUGAGCUAUGGAUUAUCUGAAAGGAACUAUGAACUAAGCCGGGCCUGAGCUGUGGUGAAGUAAAAUUUAUAUAUUUCUAAUCAAUAUACUGGUCCCGCAGAGUAUUUGGAAACACAGGGCCAGAAUAAAACAGUGUCUUGUUCAUUUCUCAUCUGUAACAUGGUUACGCAGACAGAUGGAUUAAACAGUGAACCAGCUGUGAAAAUGGUUAUAAUUGGACAAACAAAAUCAGGAGUUUUAAGAAAACGCACAUUCCAAAAGUUACGUUUUGCAUGUUAUUUUAAAUGUGUUAUUCAUUUAAAAGUGUGUUAUAACACGGUGUGUUAUUCAGAGUCAGGAGAGUUGACCCAGUGUACCAUUAUGCAUUGCAAACAUAAAAAUAACAGCAUACGUUUGCAUUCCUCUAUUAAUGUGGUACAGGUGCAUCAUGGGAGCUAAACAGUGAUAGCAUUAUAAGAGCAGAACAGUCAACCCACAUGUACACAAGAUAACUUAUACAGUUGCAACACAAGAUAUUAAAUAUUAUUAGCAACAGAACUUGUUGAACAUUGUUUUAUUGAGUAUUAUUUAACAAGAACAGUAACGUGUAAUCAUCGUUUGGUUUUAAAACGGGUGUUCUCAACCCUAGUUUUGUCCCGCCCCGUGUCUGCUGGUUUUCGUUCCAGCAGAUCUAUUAAUUAAGGUUGCUGAAAAUGUAUUUUAAGUUCCAUAAGCUGAAAGAUUUUAAGAGUGCUGGUCACUGACCUGCAGUCCCCACUGCAGUAAGGACAUUUCUGUAUUUAAAUUGAAUAAUUUGCCACAAAACACAGAAAAAACGAAAGCUUUGCUUGUCUGAGAACUGAUCUAACCAGUUAAAAAUUCUUAAAUGAAGAUGAAAUAUUCAUUAUUUGUAACAUGAAUAUCAGUUUCAAACAUCCUUUUGCAUUAAAAGGGUAAAUCGUCUCAUGAUCUCAUUACCUUCAUGUAUAAUCGGACAUUUGCUGUCAGUUAAUUAGAAACAAAUGAUGGCUCUUCUUACUUCAGCGAUUUAAAUUAAGUCGGGAACUAAAAACCAGAUGACACAGGGGUAUUGGAGUACUGGGGUCGAGAGCCGCUGUUGUCAACGUCUCAAUUUCGUGGCAGAAAUUGUGCUUCGUGUUGGCGACCUUGUAGUCUUUGAAGGAGACCCAAGGUCAUUUUAUUAUUGUAAUUCUCAUUAAUAUGAUGAAGGUGUUUAUGAUUCUUAUAUUCACUCAAAGCACAUUAUACUUUAAGAAGGGAAUUCACAAUCUGCUUUUUUUUUUUUUAAUCACACUAUAUUCAUUUUUGCCAAACAUUAUUCUUUGUAUCGCUUAUUUUCCAGUUCUUUCCUCUAUUUAAUAUAGGUGCAAGUGUGGCACAUUCUGUCAUGUUUAAAAUACUAUAUCAUUCCGUAAUAAUUCACGAGUAAGUUCUUAUAAACCUAUGAUACAUAUUGUAACGAAUAACAAACUUCAAUUUGGAGUGCAUCUAGUUUCAUGGGAAACCCAUGUGUGUUUUUGACUAUGUACUGUACUUCAGUAUGAUGUAGUCAUGUAUUUUUUUCUGUUUACAUUUGUAAUAAAAAAAGGUGUUGAAAAUAAA